AUGCAAUUUGUUCAUACAAAAACACAAACAAUAAAUACAAAACGAAAUAAUAAUAAUAAUAAUUCUAUAUUAUUUCAUGAUGAUGAAGAUCUUGAAAUAUCUUUAUCAUCAAUGUCAAUUGGUUUAAGUUCAAAACUUCGUACAUAUUUAUCAAGUCGACAUUGUUGUGAUUGUCGUCUUAUUUAUACAUGUAAUGGUUUAUCAUCAUCUGUUUUAUGUCAUCGUCUUGUAUUAAGUGCAUCAUCAAUAUAUUUUCGUUUAUUUUUUAAAUAUAAUCAACCAAAAUCAACAUAUGAUUCAAGUCAACAAUGUUAUUUAAAUGAAUAUCAUUGUACAUUUAAUUUUACAGAAAAAACAUUAUUAACAUGUAUUGAUUUAUUAUAUGCUGAUGAAAAUUUACAAAAAAGUCCACAACAAUUAUUAUUUUAUGAUGAUUUAUUAAAUGGUAUGAUGUUUCUUGGUUUACCUGAUGAAUAUUUUAUUAAAAUAUUAAUAUUAUUACGUACAAAAUUAUUAUCAUUAACAGGUGAUGUUGAAAAACAUCAUUUAAUAUCAUCAGUUUCGAAAUCACAAUUAAAUGAAAAAUUUAAAAAAGCAUUUCUUGCACGUUCACUUUGUUUAAUUAAUAAUCGACAUGAAUUUAUUUAUGGAAUUAAACAUAUAUAUAAUGAUCGAUCAUAUUAUGAUUCAAAUCGACAUAUAAUUAUAUUAAAUGGUUAUAAAAAUAAUAAAUUAACAUAUAAAGGUUUAAUAUUUCAAGCAAAUGCACAAUUUUCAACUGAUUGUGCAUCAUUUUGGUUUACUUGUCAACGUGCAUUUCGUUCGUUUAAUACAAUACGUGCACGACAAGCAACACUUUAUGUAUAUGAUGGUAUUAAUCAAACAAUUAUUGAACGUAUACCAAAUCCUGAUUGUAAACAAAUGGGUUAUCAAUUACGAUUACCUCGUGGAAAAUUAGUCUUAAGUAAUUUUAUAAUGAAUUGUUAUCAAGUUGUUAUUAAACAAACAUUUCCAUUAUAUGAACAUGUUGCAUUUAAUUUUGUUAUUGAAUUAUUUAGAGAUUGA